AUGCCUCGUCUACGCGUCAUCGCCGGUCCCUCGCUGGACGACAUGCAGCCCAUGUCCGUGAACACGGGCGAGCCGUUUCCGAUAUCUUCGCCGUACUUCGAGGGGAAACUCCUUGCGUACAUCAAGGGAUUCCCGGAUGAGGAGGGCGAGUUGUUAGAGCAUGAGUACUUUGAGAGGGAGGAUCGCGCGGGAAUCACAUGGAGUAUACAGUUCCAAGGGAGAUUCCUGCAAGAGAUAUGUGCAGAUGACAUCUUGUUUGGGAACACGUUCGAUAGGCCGUUACAACUACCCUGGGGAUCUGGGGCCGCUCUACGGUUCAUGAAAUACAGAGAUCCGACUAUGGAUCACGACCUCUCCUCCCAGACCAAGCCAUGGGCAUUGUCGCCCCUCAUCAGCUCCAUGCCACACUUCCACCACACCCGCGGGACACCGCCACCAUUCCCCGCCACAGACCAGAAUUCGCUCUCAGACGACGUCACACAACUACAUCUCGCACGCCACUCGCGCGGGCCUAGUAGAGUGCCUUCCAACACGUCUAUCGCUAGCUUGGCAGCUGUCAAGGCGGAGGAUCAUGAUGCAAACGGGACUUCGAACGGGAAGAGCUCGAGGGAGAAUGUGGCGGAGGUCAAGGCAAGAUUCAAGAAUGGAGCGAGCAAGUUGAAGGACAAGAUGAAUGGUGACGCAACGUCGAAGGAAGAGGACGGAGCAGGCGAUGCGGAGACGGAGGUGGUGGCGAACGUCGAGGAGAUACCCAAACAGGAUGCCGGAUCUCGACGAGCGUACUUCGCGGAGGCUGGGAGGAGAAAGGAGAUCGUCUUCGGGCCAGAGGAUAUCAUCACUGGUGACUUCUGCCACGGUUAUCUCUCCUUCACGCCGAGCGUCACCCUGAAUCUCCCAGGCGGCAUCUCAUUCGACCUCUUGCGUUUCUGGGAUGGCCAGCCUGUACGCUUCACAUGUUGUGAGCGUAAGCGCCCGGACGAUGAAGGAGAUGAACCGUGGGGCAGGGUGUUCUUCUCUGUUGCAAUAGAGCAGGUGCCUGAACCUCCAGCUACGGAGUCAUGA